UCUGUCCCUCCUGCUUGUUUUUCGACUCUGGUUUCCCCGAACACAUCAGGACACGGAGUUUUUCACAAAAAAUGUCCUGGACGUAUGCAACCCUCCUGGCCCUCCUCGCAGCGCUGCUUGCACUGAGUUUGUCUCCAGAGGCAGCCGAAUCUGCAGCUGUGGAUAGCAGCAUGAGAAAUGCAAAAAGUCCAGCAGGUCAGCUGAGGAGGAUCUUUAUGAAAGAAGCUGAUGCCUCCAACUUCUUCAGGAAGCGCAGCAGGCGAGCUGUGAAAUCCCAGGACGAGAUCAGCGCGGAGCAGAGGCAAGUUCUGGCUGCUGACGAGCGAAAGAGGGAGUUUCACGAGGAGAAGAGGAAUGAGUUUGAGAGCUAUGCUGAAGAGGACAACGACGAGCAAGACGAGAGGACCAGAGAGAGCACCGAGCAGUGGAGGGAGUUCCACUACGACGGGAUGAAUCCUUCCCACGAGUACAACCGUCAGACCGCCUGAGAGUGCUGCAGCAGGUCCAUGACUUUACAGCUGACAAACUUUGAAAAGAAAAAGAAAAGAAAGGCUCAAUAAAUACGCUUUGCUCUUAUAAAAACACAAAUUUGAUUAGUUUUCAGGAGAAAUGCUCUCCGAUUUUUAUUCUAGUCUUAAAUUUAAUCCUGUAAAGAUUGGUCAAAAUGUUUAAUAUUUUUGAAAGGAGAUCUAAUCCGUAAUUUAGAUCAUGCUUAUUGUUUCUCAUUAUUUCAUUUGUCUGUCAUUAACCAGCUGGAUUAUUAACGCCAGGACUGAUUUAAAAGAGCAAAUUCGAAACAAAAUUGGAUUCACACAAGUAAAUUAAUUUCAGAUUUGUUCAAAUUUUAAACAAAACGACAUAUUUCCCGCAAUUUGCAGUAAAAUAGGUAGAAAUAAUCAAAACAAACCUACAAUUCUGUUGUCUUUUUCUUUUUUAUCAUGGCCUAAAAAAAUAUUACCUCGAAUGUUUGCAACAUUUAAUUGUCUGAUUGAGAAAACAAUGAAAUUAUGUUACACCAGGAUAUUCACAGUAAAAAAAAAAAUACAAGCAGGAAGAUAAACCUCUUUUCUUAUCGACGGGGUUAUUAUUCAGUACUCUGUAGAAAUGAAAGCUUAGAUGUUGUUUACAAAGUUGUUGGCUGAAUAUUAAGCAUUCAUUUUAAAGUGAUGAUGCAUAUCUGUAUUUCUUUUAUUCAUAUUAUUCAGCAAAGGUUACAAGGUAUUAUUUUUAUUGUAACAAUAUCUAUGCUAAGCUGCUGCUGCUGCGUAGUAAAUCUUAUUUACUUUCCUUCAAAGAGCAAAAAUAUACAGAGACUAUAAAAAGUAAUGCUUUCCUGUUAAAUUGUCAAGCUUUUCCAAUGUAAAAAAUGAGAGGUAAUAAAUUAUUGUAAUAAAAAAAAUAAAUAAAUACAACUCACUUGAAAAAACAACUAAAAUAUUUUGGGUUAAAAAAUUAAAACUCACUUGAAAAAUAAUGUAGUUGCAUGUGUAUGCAGGCCCUGGAACCAGCCCCAAAUCAUGGGGUUCACUUCGUUGUGGACAUGAUUUUUUUUAUUUGUAUUUAAUAGGUGAAGACACUUCUGAUAUUACUUUGCCAACAAUUCUAACAUGGUUGUGAAGAUGUAGCAUAUUCAACUCCCUCUCCCCGUUUCAUUCAGCUUUAGAUACAUUUCUGCAAUAAGGCGUUUUAUGUAAACUUAGAAUCUUGUAUUGCUUCACAUUUUUCUUUUAGGGUUGCUCAGAUUUCAGAUUUCUGGCCGAUCGCCGAUUCAAAUCUUUUAAAAAAACCUGACCUGCUUUCCGAUUCCUAUUUUGGCCGAUACCAAUUUGUUUCAUCUGAAGUGUUGCUCAAUAUAGCAAGAAAGUCGCUGAAUUGGAAACAAUGGGGUGACUACUUUUGACAGCAGACGUGUGUCAGUCAAAUCUCUCUCACGACAGAGCAGAAGACAGUGGCUGAUGUUUAGACCUUUGCCAAGGUAGAUAAGAUCGGUGGAUGAGAU